CAAGGUCAGUCCAUGGACCAGUUAAGUGAAAAAGGAGUGGAAAUAACACAAAGUAAUAAAAAAAAGUAGGCUGCAAUACUGGAUGUGUUUGCUGAGUUUUUGAAUCUCUAGAAUGUUAAUCCUGGGCUACGCAGCUCUGCUCUUGUGUUGGAUGCAUUGUGGUGCACAAAGAGCUUGUGAAGAACCUCCUCCUAGGAGAGUAAAAGAAGUGCCUACUAAAAGAUGGGACAACCCUCCCUAUCCACAUGGGACUCAAGCAACAUACACUUGUCGGCCUGGAUAUGUAAAAAUUGGAAGAGUUGCAUUUCAGUGCCUUGAUGGAGCAUGGAAACAGCUGGCUCCAGUGACAGAAUGCAGAAAUAAACCCUGUGGACAUCCUGGAGACACUGAGUUUGGUUUCUUUGAACUUACCAGUGGAAGUGAAUUUGUGUUUGGUGCCAGAGUUGAGUACAGAUGUAACGAUGGAUACCAGAUGCUCAGCCAAAGGAAUUACCGUGAGUGUCAGGCAGAUGGAUGGAGCAAUGUCAUCCCUCACUGUGAAGUGAUAAAGUGUUUACCUGUACAAGAACCUGAAAAUGGAAGGAUAAUUAUGACUGGUGCAUUUGAGCUAGGCCAAGAAUAUUCAUUUGGCCAGGUUGUAAACUUUGAAUGUAAUGCAAAACACAAGCUUGUUGGAGCUGAAGAAAUCGUUUGCUCUGCUAAUGGAAAAUGGAGUAAUGAUGUGCCUCAGUGCAAAGAAAUUAACUGUGAUGUGCCAGAAAUUCCACAUGGAUAUGUCCGUUCUUCAAGGAAGUCUUACAAGGAAAAUGAACUAAUGCAGUUUUUCUGUGAAGAAGGAUAUAAAUAUGGUAACAGAGCAGAUGCACUGUGCACUGAAUCGGGAUGGAAUCCACCUCCCUAUUGCACUGAAAUUGUAUGCUCUCCUCCAGUAAUUUCCUUUGGGAACUUUAGACCUCAAAAAGACAAGUACACACUGGGUAAUACAAUUACAGUAGAGUGUGAUGCUGGGUAUCAUUUUAAAGUGACCACUGGCAGAACCACAGCUGAAUGCACCAAGAAUGGCUGGGUGCCUGAUCCAGCUUGUGUCCGGAAACCAUGUGACUACCCACCUAUAGAAAACGGCAGGUUAAGUGAUUCACAUGAGUAUCACAGACGCUAUUACUUUCCAAAAAGAUUUGGACAGACUGUAGAUUACUACUGCCUCGAUGGCUAUUCAACCCCCACUGGAACUGUCUGGGUUCGAAUUACCUGUUCUGAAAGGGGCUGGUUUCCAGAGCCAAAAUGCCUGAAAAAAUGUUCCAUCAGAGGGCUGGAAAAUGGUUAUUUCCCACACCACGGCUGGGACGAUUUUUACAAGGAAGGUGAAAGAGUCAGAUAUGGCUGCUAUAGUGACUACCAAGCUCAGCACGAAGAAGUCACAUGCACAAGGAAUGGCUGGGCACCUCCUCCGAGAUGUAUCCGUAAAAAAAAAUGCCAGGGUAUCAUUUUUGAGAAUGGCUAUUUGAACUCGGGGAGAACAACAUUCCGUUUAAAAGAUAAGAUCUCAUAUACAUGUCACGCUGGCUUUGUGACUCCAGAAGGAGAAGAAAUAGGAUACAUACAGUGCCAAGACAGCGGCUGGACUCCGCCUCCAAAGUGCAUCAAAUCAUGUAAAGCACCAGGGGACAUUUUGAUUCAUCAUACAAACAAAACUGUGUUCAUGCCUGAAGAUACAAUUGAGUAUUCAUGUUUGGAGGGAUAUAAAACUACAAAUAACAUGCCAACUGAUACCACAAUGUGUGGCAAAAAUGGAGAAUGGAGUCCAGCACCCCAGUGUCGUGAAAUCAAGUGUGUGCUGCUGCCAUUGAGCAAUGGAGAUUUCUCUCCCAAAGAGAGUAAAUACCACAGUGGAGCUGUUGUGAAAUUUACCUGUGCAAAAAACUACAUAAGGGUGGGACCUGCCUCUAUUCAGUGCUACCACUUUGGAUGGUUUCCAUCACCACCAGUGUGCCAAGUGAGUGUCAGAGGCUGUGGACCUCCUCCUGAAAUUACCAAUGGAAGUAUUCUUGAUGGCUCUGUGGAGCAGUACCAGCAUGGGGACAGAAAGCAAUAUGAAUGUAAUGGCGAAUUUAAGUUGGUUGGAUCAAAGGAAAUAGAAUGUAUUGAUGGACAGUGGUCAUCUCCUCCCUCUUGUACUGAAGACAAAAUGCCAUGUGAAUCACCUUCCUCUAUCCCAAAUGUUGUUCUGCAUCAGGCAGACCAGACCAAAUAUUCACAUGGGGAUGAAGUAACUUGUGGAUGUAAACCAGGCUCUGACAAUACUGAGGAAAUGAAAAUAAAAUGUCUUAAUGGAGAAUGGAAGCCUUUACCUGUUUGUGCUGAUUCAUCUCCUCAGUGUGUAAUUCCAGAGGAUAUUGAGCUGGUGCGCUCUGGCCAGUAUCCUAUGUCAAGAAGGAAGACUGGGUUCCAUAAAGUUAUACGUUAUACAUGUUCAUUAACUGAUGAAAAUGUUAAAGAGGCAGCUUGUGUGUCUGGCAGAUGGACACCAGAGAUUGCAUGUACAGCUGAGGAGAGUGUGUGCCCACCUCCACCUCAGGUGUCUGGUGCUCAGCAGACAACAGUAGCAAGAAGCUACAGGAAUGGGAGUAAAGCAGCUUUUUCAUGUCCUGAUGGUUUCCAUCUCGUCGGUACAAAGGAAAUAACCUGUACAGAAGGGAAAUGGCAAUCACCACCUCAUUGUGUGGAAAGACCAUGUUUGCCACCACAAUCUCUAGAAUGUGCUGAUGCUCCCAGACAGGAAAAUCCAAACUUAAAAAUUGAAAGAGAAGGGAAAACAAUUUAUCUGGCUGGUGCUCGAUUUAAGUAUGUUUCUCGUCCUGGAUACAAAUUAGAUGGACCAACAGAAACAAACUGCUCUAUGGGAAAAUGGACUGCAGCUCCUUCAUGCUUGGAAAUGCCAUGUGGAAGUGUUCCAAAAGUUGCUAAUGCUCAGUUUGAAGGCAGAGAGAAGAAACUUUAUGAGCCUGGUGAAACAAUUCGCUACCAGUGUGAUUCAGGGUUCCUGAUUGUUGGUUCCCCUGAAAUUAUCUGCAGAAAGGGAAAUUGGACAGCACCACCCUUUUGUGAAGAUGUCAGCUGUGGAGCUGCACCUGAAAUCCCCAAUGCACACAUUGCAAGCACUCCUCAGGAGCGGUAUCUGCCUGGUGCCAAAGUGCACUAUCAGUGUGAAAGCAAUUUUCAGAUGAUGGGUGGAAAUUACAUCUUAUGUUCAAAUGGUCAAUGGUCACAAGCACCAGUUUGCAGAGAUGUGACAUGUGAACCUCCUCCAGAAAUUGCAGGUGGUAGAAUUGAUGGCAUUAAAAAGUCCAGGUAUAUCCCUGGGGAGAGUGCAAAGUAUCAGUGCUGGAAAAAUUUUAAAAUGACUGGGGCUUCCACUGUCGUGUGCCAGAAUGGGACCUGGACACAGCUGCCAACAUGCAAAGGACGAGCUGGGAGAUGUGGCACACCUCCAGCUAUUCAAAGUGGAGAGCUUCUUGUCUUCCCUUUGCAAGAAUAUCAACAAGGAGACACUGUGGAAUACAAAUGCCCAAAUUUCUAUAUCUUGAAAGGAUCUCCAACAAUCACCUGUCUUAAUGGGCAGUGGACAAGCCCCCCAGUUUGUCUGGUGGCCUGUACGGCAUCAGAAGAAGAUAUGGACAGAAACAACAUUGAGCUCAAAUGGGUUUUACAAACCAAGCUGUACUCCACAUCGGGUGACUAUAUUGAAUUCCGCUGUAAACCGGGAUAUGUGGAAGACCCAAGUACAUCCAGCUUCAGAGUACAGUGUGUGGAAGGGACAUUGGAAUACCCACGGUGCACACUAGGAAGGAACUGUGCCCUGGAUAGGAACACUGUGGAAAAGAACAAUAUUCAGUUGCAGUCAUCCAGCCAGCCGAGCCAUUACUAUCACUCGGGGGACUCUGUUGUCUUUGAGUGCAAGCGUGGGUAUCGGCAGGUUUCCCAGAUGGAGAAAUUCAGAGCACAGUGCCUGGAUGGAGUGAUUACAUAUCCUGAGUGUGAAGAAUCAUCGUGGUUUGGGUAAAUGGAAAUGGCAUGAGGGAGCCCAGCUGUGGUAAUGAAAGAGCCCUCAACCAACUGGGUGAUUUGAGCUCAACUUUUCCUGGUGUUUCCCAUUUUGCUGUGCUUUGUUUGCAGCUUAGCCAAUGUUCUGUCUUGGAAUUUGUUGUUUUUGUUAUUGGAUGGUUGUUUUCAUAUUAUCCACAUUAGAUCUAGUUUUGUAAACGUAUUUACAUAUUAUGCAGCCAAAGGGUUGUGCUUGCAUUUUAUCUAUUCUAUGCUGAUCUCACUGUUAUCUUAUUAACAAUUGUGUCCUGAAAACAGGCUGGCUUUGGUGGCAUACUGAGACAAGAAUUAAAGCUGACAGCUAAUUUGAUUAUUAGCACACAAAGCGUGUUGUGCCUUGUCUAGUCCUACCUUUUUCUCCAUUUACUUGCUCGGAAAUGAGCCUGGAAUGAGUGUCCUGCAUGCUUGAGCAGAAAGAGCAAGAAAGAGGAGUCUCCUUUGAACAACUCAAGGAAGUCUCUAGCUAGAACUAGUUCUUCUGGUGGACUUGAUCCAGAUCUUGCCUGCAAAGGCAAGAUGUUAGGGUGAAAGUAAUUGCAAGUAAUUGGGAUUUAUAGGUGAAGGUGGGGACUAGUUCCUGAUACAGUCUGUGCCACCCCCAGCCCCAUCUGCCCUUCACAAACAAGUAGACAGUGCAUGGUGGAAAUCAGUGGCAGCCUGGCUGUGGUAGCCAUGUGCUAAUGCACUUCCUGAUUUAGAAGGGAGAGAAAAAAGCAAGUACCAGAGUAUCUCAUGCACCUUAGGAGAGCAGACUCCGACUUAUUUAAGAAAAGAGGAGAUGGGACGUCGCGCUAUAUUGGAAACAGCAAAGCAGUAUGACAGACUCUCUAGAUGAAUGUCACAAGACAGCAAAGUUUAUUAUUCCAUAUUUUCUUUUAUAGAUAGGUCCGAGAAGGUCCAAGAGGUAAAACUCUCAUCGGUCAUUAAACCAACACAUCACUAUUAUUGGACAAUUACAAAUUACACCCCUUGACUGUUUCUUGCAAGUAAACAACAUGGAUCCAAACAACACCUGCAAAGAUUGUUGUCCUUCUCCAAGGACUGUUUGGAUUCCUCCUUAUGAUUUCUCAGGCCAGAGUGAGAGCUAGUUUCACAGAGGCACUGUGCUCCUUGCCUGCUUUCAGCAACCAUAAUGGGAUUGCUUGGGAGUCAUAGGUGUCCAGAAAAGCUCAUAGGUCUUGAAGCACAGAAUCCUUCAAGCACAAGAUUAUUUAGUUCAGGAGGAAAAACUCAUCUCCCUGGACUGGCUUAUCUCAUCAGAGACUUCGCAGAGUUCUCUGAAGCAGAAAUCAAUGUACAGGGGAUUGAGGAAAAAACAGGCUCUGAGGUGAGUUGUCCAUGGCAUUGAUGUGACAUGUAUGGAUAAUGUUAGAAAAGCUGAAGCUCAGAAUGGCACUUACAAGGGACACCAAGGGUCACAGGAAAGUAUUCUAUUGCUACACCAGGAUUAAAACAAUCAAUAAGAAAAUGUGGCAUGUCAUUAAAACAGGUAGGUGAUUUACUGGCAGCACCCCCAUAUGAAGCUUGAGUAUUUGAUGCAUUCUUUGCCUCAAAGUUCAUCAACAAGAUGUUGCCCUCAUGUCUGCAAUCCCCCUCAUCCUGCCAUGUGGUCACAGCCAACACAGCCAGUAAUGGGGGUAAAUGAUUUCUGCUUUCAACAGCUGUUCCAGUGAGGGCAUUUUAAUCCCUUUCACUCCAUUUUCCCCAGUUUGCUCUGGAAGAGGAAGAGUAUUACUGUUAUAUAUACUGUGUAAAGUAUUUUUAUCAUCCUUUUAUUACACCUAUUGUUUGACUAGGUUUUGACUAAAUAAGCAGAAUUUGUCUAUUCCUGAAUGCUUUUAUUUCUUUUUCUGUUUUAUUCAUUCAUGUAACUCUUGUAAAAGCCUUGGAAACUCAGAGCAGCAUAUAUAUUAUGAUUCUACAGACAGAUGAGUUUAGACAUAGACAGAAAAUACCCUUAGAGUGGAUUUUUUAUUAAAACAGAUUAAAAUGGAUGCAAGGCAAACAUUGUCCAUAUUCCUGGAUUUUCUUCACUGCUGUAGCCCCACUUGUUCUCGGGCAGAACUGUGGAGAUAGAACUGGUUGGGCAUCAACUUAAGACUGUGGGAUUUUAGCAAGUCUGCUCAAAUAAAGUUAUGCUUCCAGAAUGUUCUUAGUUUUCUCCCCUGCUUGAUUGUCAUUUGCCACAUUAUUUUUAAUAUUUGUAAUCUCAGUCUGUGAUUGGAACCCUGCCUUCAGUCCCACCCUCAGAUCUUCCUUAUAUAUAUUGUUGUACCCACGUUUUUUGCACCUUUUGUGGUUGACCCUAUACUGUGUGUUCACCUUCUGCCGUUUGUUAUUUUGCCAUUAAAGCAGUUUUACUUUUUGGGUCACCCAA